AUGGUGCACUCUGCUGGGGGUACUCUCAUCCAGCAUCUGAAGGAACACGUUCUCCAUGGCAACAUGACCAGCAGUGAUGUCAUCAUCUACUACACCACGACGGGCUGGAUGAUGUGGAACUGGCUGGUGUCGUCGCUGGCUGUGGGGGCCUCAGUGGUGCUCUACGAUGGCUCUCCUCUCAUGCCCACAGCCAACGUCCUCUGGGACUUGACAGACCAGCUGGGGUAA